ACACACACACACACACACACACAGCUCAGCUCACACUCUCACACACACACACACAUGCAGUGGAUGAGCGAGGGGAGGACAGACUGAGAUGCCUGGUUGCUGUUUGCCUCUGAGCGGAGCGUAAAGUUAUGUGUGUUUGAAUUUGGGAGGGAGGAGGAGGGAGGUCUGUCGGCUGCAGGAUUCCAUCACUCUUAGCAACCGUUGUUGAGUUACCACGGAAACGCUCUGCGAUGUUCUCUGCUUCUCCUUUGUCCUCCUCCAUCGCUCUCCUCUCUCUCUCCCCUCCUCUCUCUCUCCCUCUCACUCCAUCCUGUCUUUAUUGCUGGUCGACUUCCUCCGUGCGUUGCUACGGCGAUGCUCUGGGACAUUCAGCUGGAUCAUUUUACCGCCGCAGUGCCGGAGUGCAGAGCUGAACUGAGGGAAGACAUCAGCUGAUCAGCUUGUUUGGUCGCUGGACGCCGUCAGUCUGCUCCUCCUGCUUUUCAACUUUUUAAAGAAAGCCACACUUUGCCUUGUGACCUUUAACCCCUCGACUUCCCUCACGGAUCACCUCAGAUCGUUGUUUUGGAUUGGGCAGGCUGACAGGUGACAUCACAGGAAGUUGGAUGAAGUUUCAUUGAACCCAAACGGCUGUGAUCAGCGUCGAUGUUUUCACGUCUCUGUCAGUCUGAGAGACAACCGGACGCUUCUCAGAGACCAAACUCUGCUCUGUGAACACAACAACUCCACAAAGACCUAAAGAAAACCCACCACCUCCCUCUCCUCCUCACCCACGCUGACAUGAACGAGGAGGCGGAGGAGUCGCAGGAGGUGUUGAAGGGCGAGGAGCAGGUGGACGAGCAGCAGGAGGAAGAGCAGCAACAGGAGAUGCAACAGGCGGGAAAACAAGGGGAGGAGGAGGAGGAGGGGAUGCAGCAACAGGAGGACAUACAGUCUGAGGAGGUGCAGCAAGGAGAGGAGGAGCUACAGAACGAGGAGGAGCAAGUGCAGCAACAGGAGAAGGAGCAGGAGGAGGAGUUGGGAACUGAGGAGAUGCUAGAGGAAGAGGAGGUGCAGCAGGAGGAGGAUGUACAGACGGAGGAGCACCAGCAGACUGUGGAGGUGCAGCAGCUGGAUGAGGAGGAGAUGCAACAAAAGCAGAACGAGGUGCAGCAGAGUGAGGUGGUAGAGCAGGAGGGGGAGGAGGAGGAGGUGCAGCAGAGUGAACAGGAGCAGAGGGAGGAGAAGCAGCAGGUAGAGGAGCUGCAGCACACUGAAGAGGCACAAGACUUUGUGGACGCUGUGGAGCAGAACCACAACAACCAGGUCCUGAUUCGACUGAGAGGAAUGCAGAAAUAUAAAAGUACAUCACAGAGGCUGAAGGGGGUCCUGGAGCAGAUGGACCGUGGAGUCGUGGACCUGCAGGAACUCCGCAGGAACCUGGAGCUCGCUGCUGCCAUGCUGGACGCUGUUUACACGGAUGAGACCAGGCGUCUGCUGGACACUGAGGACGAGCUCAGCGACCUGCAGGCAGAGUCGGUGCCCAGCGAAGUACGUGAUUGGCUGGCAUGCACCUUCAGCAGGAAGAUGGGCGUGGCCAAGCGUCGCCCUGAGGAGAAGCCCAGAUUCAGGAGCAUUGUCCACGCAGUGCAAGCUGGGAUCUUUGUCGAGAGGAUGUACAGACGGACAUCCAACAUGGCUGGUCUGACCUAUCCUCCCACAGCUUUGACAGCUCUGAAGGAAGUGGAUCAGUGGUCCUUUGAUGUUUUUUCCUUCCACGAGGCCACUGGAGACCACGCCCUCAAGUUCCUGGUCUACGACCUGCUGACACGCUAUGACCUCAUCAACAGGUUCAGGAUCCCAGUGCAGGCUCUGGUGCAGUUUGUUGAAGCUCUGGAGAACGGCUACAGCAAACACAGGAAUCCAUAUCACAACCUGAUCCACGCCGCUGAUGUCACUCAGACCGCACACUUCCUGAUGCUGCACACUGGACUCAUGCACUGGCUCAGCGAGCUGGAGAUUCUUGCGAUGGUUUUCGCUGCAGCGAUUCACGACUUUGAACACACAGGAACCACCAACAACUUCCACAUCCACACCAGGUCGGAGGUGGCCAUUCUGUACAACGACAGGUCGGUGCUGGAGAACCAUCACGUCAGCGCCGCCUACAGGCUGAUGGCCGAGGAGGACAUGAACAUCCUGGUCAACCUGAACAAGGACGACUGGAGGGAGCUGAGGUCUCUGGUGAUAGAGAUGGUGAUGUCCACAGACAUGUCCUGUCACUUCCAGCAGAUCAAGACCAUGAGGAACGCCCUGACACAGACACACGGCAUAGACAAAGUGAAGGUUUUGUCUCUGAUGCUUCACGCUGCAGACAUCAGUCAUCCUGCCAAAGCCUGGCCGCUGCACUACCGCUGGACUCACAGUCUGAUGGAGGAGUUCUUUAGACAGGGAGACAAAGAGGUGGAACUCGGCCUUCCCUUUUCUCCUCUGUGUGACCGCAAAGCUACAAUGAUCGCCCAGUCACAGAUAGGUUUCAUAGACUUCAUUGUGGAGCCGACCUUCAGUGUUCUGGUCGACACGACAGAGAAGGUGAUUGGUCCUCUGAUAGAAGAGGACAGGAAGGCCAGAGAGACUGGAAACAGGAGGUCCAGUUUAACAGGAAGUGGCUCCGUUACCGUGGAGUCGGUGCAGAGACACAGCAGUGGUCGUCAUGGAAACAGCGAUGAUGGACAGAUGGACUUUUCUCUGACGGCCAUUGACCUGCCAGCUCUGAGGCUCCACCUGUCCGGCGUCAUCAUCAGCAACAAGGACCGCUGGAAAGAGCUGUCUGUGCACGAGUUGGCCAAUAAGGAACAAGAGGAACAAGAGAGGGAGAAGUCCAACAUCAACUCAGGCAUCCAGUUGCAUGCCUCACCCAACCACAGUGUCCCUGACGGACACACCUCUGACCAAUCACAGAACUCAGACGGUUCCCCACCUGAUGAGACGCAGGAGGACAAGUCACCUGAUCACAUGCCUGCAGAUCACCUGACCUGGAAUGGGGAGGGGCCAGGCGAAGAGAAGGAGGAGGACGACGAUGAAGUGCCUGAAAUUGCUUGAUGACACUCCGCUGCAAACUCACCACUGUAUCUGGCUGUGGCAGAUCACCAUGGCGACAGGCGGCGCGGUGCAGUGACAACAAGAGUUCAGACUCUUCUGUUUAAACACAGCAGCUGACUCAGUGGCCCCUGGGCGGACCCCAAAAGGGCCACCAGACCUUAUGUUUACAACUGACCAUGAAAAUAUCACAUUGAAACGACAGUGACGACUUUCAUCAGAUAACAGCUUCUUAGCAGCUUCAUGGUUCAUUCACAGUGGUGACAGUGUGUUGUGAUUUUAUUAGAGACUCAGAGGAACGUUGUCUGUGAAAUAAGCUGAAAUAUCAACAUUUAAAUCAAAAUAAAGAGCAACAGGUGGAAACCAAAGAGCGUACAGUGGCUCAUGCUAACACAGGCUAAGUGUUCGAUAUCUGAAGGAAUGAGUCAUGGAGCUGUUAACAAGCAGAUGUGGAGGUUCUGUGAAUGAAGCUGAGCGACAGAUGUGUUGUUAUACAUAGACAUGUAAAGAGUGAUUUCUGCUCCUCUCUCUGUUCAGGGUUCAAAUGAUCGAGCAUGUUGUGCCUCUGGCUGCCCCCAGUCUGUGAUAUCAGAGCUGUCAAACAUUAGUCAGUAGAUAUCUGCAGGGUAUCAGUAUAGACUUUGGUCUAGAAUGAAAUAUCUAUCGGAUGGAUUGCCAUGAAAUUCAUGGAUUGCAGAGGAUGAAUCAUAAUGACUUUGGUGACCCUGACUUUACCUCCUAGUGCCAUCAUCAAGUCAAGGUGUUCACUUAUCCAGGGAAAUAAUAUAUCUGACAUGGCUUGGUUCAGAACUUGAUGACAGUGACUUCAGUGAUCUCCUGACUUUUCCUCUGACAGCCCCAUUCGAUAAGUCCCCUCACACAGGCCUAUUACACUGAGAGACAUACAGCAGUGCUGGGGACCAGAAAAUCCCUUUGAUAAGUUCCCACAACAGCCCAUGUCAUAUCAGGGGAAGACGGAGAUGAGGAACAUCUUUUUCAGGUUUCCAUUAUGUGCUGUAUGGAGCUGGGAAACACUGGACCUUGGGAACAUGGGACCCAUAGACCAGCACAUUUGUAGAACUGGGGAACAUAGAGACUGGUAACAUAGGAAUGACUCUGGAGUUGUUGGUGAUAUUUUGUUUCCUAGGACAGUAGGGAACAGUUCCUAAUGUGUGUGAAGGCUAAACAGAUGUGUGAGACGUUGUGUUAGAUCGAAUGGAAAUACUGAAGUCUGGGCAAGUUGAAAAUGUCUUCAGACAAAAGAAGCACUCUGAAGGUGUGUGACUAGAAAAUGCUGAAUCAUCUGCAUUUCCAUCCACUACUAUUACACAAAUAUGAAGAGUUAGAUUUGUGAUAAAUGUGAUGUCACACUGACCUUACAUGGCCAGAGGUCAAACAUGUUGGACAGUGUGAACCUACAGAGAGCAGAGCAGCAGCAAAGUGACGACCAAUCAAAGACGCAUUAGAGUGUACAUGUGACCAUGUUCUUUACAACAUGGAUCGUCUCAUCGUACUUUUUUGGCCAGUAUACCCAUAGGUUAGCGUAACAUUUUACUCUCCACCAUCACUGUAGAAACUGUGGACUCGAGCACUGGGAUGGAAACAGAUGAGGCCAAGGAAGUGCGAUCGUCAGAAAACACCAGAAUUUACCUUUAAGUGGACGGGAGCUCAGAGUCCAGGCAGCUUCUGUUGUUCCUGUCACUUCUCCUGACUGUGAAUAAACAACAGUGCCCCCCAUAAUAUCACCAUGGUGACGAAAGGCAACAAAAAAACACCAGUUUCUAUAGCAAUGGCCAAUGAGCUGAAGGGUGGAGCCAACAUGGCCAACAGUGAAAACCUGGUAGAUCCUCUGAGCACUGUGCUUGUUAAUGCAAUGUGUGCUAUAGUCAUUGUGUGCUCUUUGGCUCUGUGUGUGUGUGUGAGAGAUUCUGAGUGUGUGUGUGUGUGUGUGUGCAUGUGAGCGUGCGUGCACUGUAUACUGUACAGCUGUUUUCUGUAUUAUUGUAUUAAACAUUCAGAACUCCA